AUGGAGAGCAAAUGGAGUGGCUGGGUGCUGAUCCUUUCUGUGUGCCUGGGCUCCUACCAAGCCGCAGCCAGCCCCCUUCACGAGUGUGGUGAGCGGCCAGAGGACUGGUGCCGCGAUGUGGCAACGGCGGCCAAGUGCGGGGCGCUGGAGCUCUGUCGGAUCACUGUCUGGGACCAGGCCCUGGGGCAGAAGGGGAUCCCGUGUCACCUGUGCCAGAUGGCGGUCUCUGUGGUGGGCAAGAUCCUGCAGGACAACCGUACCGAGGAAAAGCUGCGGCUCUUCUUGGAUAAGAAAUGCCAGUACCUGCCAUUCCAGGACUGGUCCGUCAAGUGUAAGAAGAUGGUGGACACUGGCAUCCUCAUCCUUGUCCAGCUGGGCAAGCAAGUGCUGUCAGACCCAAAGGUGGUGUGUGGGACCAUCAAGCUGUGCCAGUCCUGGGAGAGCCCCACGGGGGCCCUGAAGUUCCAGAAGCCGCCACCAGCCCCCAUGGACCCUGCUCAGGACUUCGCCAACCUGGUCUCCCCCUUCAUCGCCAACGUGCCCCUCCUGCUCCAUCCCCAGGACCCGCCUCACGACGAGCAGAUGGAAGAGGUGUGUGGAGACUGCCUGCAGUUGGUGGCGGCUGUGCAGCUGGAGCUGGGGACCGAUGCCACCUUCGCCCAAGUGCUGGUGGCCCACGCCGAGCGGGUGUGCGAGGGCCUGGCUCCUGACCUGGCACCCUGGUGCAAGCGCUAUCUGAUUGAGUAUGCAGACACGGCUGCCCAACUGCUCCGGCACUUGCAGGCUGAGGACCCGAUGGAGCUGUGUGGCCACCUGGGACUCUGCUCCUCUGCCUCGGCGGUGCCCCUCCACACGCUGCUCACAGAGAAGGCGAUGCAGGUCCUGAGCACGCUGGGGGAUGGGGAGGGGACCACACCGCUGUGCGAGAUGUGCCAGUUCGCUGUGAAGGCGGCUGAGAGCCUCCUGGAGAACAACGUGACGGAGGAGCAACUGGUGAACGACAUCGAGAAGGUGUGCUACAUGUUGCCCCAUGGCAUCAUCGGGCAGUGCAAGGACUUUGUUGACUCCUAUGGCAAAGCCGUGGUCAUCAUGCUGCUGGAGGCCACCGACCCAGCGGCCAUCUGCACCAUGCUGCACUGCUGCCCCCGGAGUGGGGACGCCCACCGAGAGGCCGCUGCGCUGGAGCAGUUGGCGGUUGGUGUGGGUGCCUUCUGCAACGUCUGCCAGAUCGUCAUCACCUACUUCGAUAACGAGCUGCUGAAGAACGAGACGCUGGCGGAGCUGGGCAAUGUGCUGGAGAAGGGCUGCGAGCUGCUGCCCACGCCGCUCACCAGCAAGGUGAGCUGGGCGGGGAGCAUCUAGCCCAGCGGGGACCCCCGACCCCUGCGCCGGGCUCACCUCCUCUCUCCUUCCCAGUGCGAGGCACUUGUGGUGCAGUAUGAGCCGGAGGCCGUGCGGCUCCUCGUGCAGAUGAUGGACCCCACCUUCAUCUGCACCAAAAUAAGAGCCUGUGAUUCAGCAGAGGAGGAUCUCCUGGACUCAGAUCCCUGCGCCUGGGGCCCGCACUACUGGUGCAAGAACAUGGCCACGGCUGUCGAGUGCCACGCCGUUGAGCAUUGCCGUCGUCACCUAUGGAACUAG